AUGUCGGAAAGAGACGAAACAGUCUCGGUCUCAGCCUCACAAAAGUCUUCUCACACCCAAUCAGUCAAAGAAGAUAUCGUCAAAGAAGGUCUUGCACCCGAACAUCUCGAGUCUCUCUACACCGAUCUUCCUUCCGAUGCGACCGCUCUCAAAGCCAUCGUCGGCACAAUGCGUCUCGAACUCUCCAAGAAGGACACGGCCAUCUCUAAGCUGAAGGAAGAGAUUGACGAAGUGAAAGCCUCUCAUUCCGUCGUGCUCCAACGUUCUGCAGAGUGGCAAGAUGAGCUUGAAACCCUACGACUCCGAGUUCCGCAGCUGGAGGAAGAAUUGCGCAACGAAAAGCAAGCACGUGAAGCCGAAUCAGAUCGUGUCAAGGAUUUGAGGAUCAGAGCCGAGGAGAGUAGACGUGCGAUUAUGAGGUUACAGGGUGAGCAGUCGGAUGCGAGAGCGAAAGCGAAAGUGGACAACAGAAGGAGUUGGGUUCCUGCUGCCACGAAUCCACCGGCUGUGCGGGAUGAGCAGGAGGAGGCCCAGCUGAAAAAGUCGAAGCGGGCUAGUUUGGCGUUUGGACCGAAUGCGUUGAAUAUCAACACUCUGGCAAACAGACCUGGUAGCAGUCAUGGCUUUGGACAUAGGAGAACCGCGAGUGGUGGAAGGAGUGUUUCGGGCGCUUCUGGUGCCAGUAAGGGGGAUGGUGAGGCGGACGAGGAGCCAUUGAGUCCCACUUUUGCAAAUGGGUUGAGGGGUUUGAGGUUGUCAGGUACAGCAGGGAUGAACGGGACAAUGUCAUCGGCUUCGUCUUUGCUCACACCCAAUGCUGCAGUGGGAGGAGCUGGGGACGAUAACGGCUCGGCACCCAACUCGAGGAGAAACUCGUUUAGGAGCGAUGCAGGCAAGUCGCCUAGGCUGGGUCUGAACGAUCUGCCCCUGCAAGAUGGUGCGGAUCUUUCGUCUUCCCUAGGCGCCCGUCUCUCGGUGCCUUCAGCAGCAAGUGGAGGCACAAGCGGACAACGCAACUCCCUCCUCAGCUCGCCUGCUCUCUCCCAAAGUGGUGCAGCUGGCUCCGUCGGCGUCGGCUCUCCCAUCAUCGAAGACAACGAAGAAGAGGAGUCUCAUAAUUCCACUUCCAAAGCACUCCCCAACCUCCCCACGCGCGAAUCCUCCAUCCAUUCGCUCCAAUCGCACGACCGCGAACUGCGCGCCAAAGAAGUCGAGAUCGAGCGUCUCACACGCGAAAUGACCGAAAUGCGUCUAUCGAUGGAAGAAGCCCUGGAGGCCCGCAAAGCCAGCGAAGCAUGUCUCAAGGCACUCCGUGAUUUCAUUGCUCAUCAUGACGAGGAAGCGGAUGCGGAAGUGCAGAUGGGCGAUGAUGCCGAUAGAAUCGUGCAGAGAGCUAGUUUCGGUGCGGGAUUGUUGAAGGGGGUGAAGCUACCACCGCUGCCAACGGAUGAUAUGGAUGAGAAUGAGGAAGCGGCACAUGUCAAGGCGAGUAGCUUGAGUCAGCAGAAGCAAGCGGUGGGGAUGGGAGGAUGGGGGGUGAAAUUGCCUACGCUGAUGAGGAAAGCUACUUCGAGCACAACGUCGAAUGGUCCAACUCCUUCGGAUGAGAGAUCAGGGAUGUCGCCUAGUUCAGAAGGCGAGGGUGGGUUGGGAAGUGAUUCUGCUGCGCCUGCUCCACCAGCCAAGUCGAUCGCAUCUGGGUUCGCCGGUUUCAGUAACCUAUUGGCUAGAUCUACUGCUACAACACCAAACGACCAGAACCUGUCCUCAUCCACCAACACCACUCCAGCAAGCGAAUCUGCAUCCGCAACAUCACCCCAGCUAGCCGCAGAAGACGCAGCAGGAAGCGCAUUCAAACCAUUCGGCUGGUUCAAACGCUCUUCUGUCCUCGGUCAUCCCAACGCCUCCUCCGCUUCCCCGUCCGCCGCCGCUGCAGCUGGGCCGCAAGAAACAAUCCAAGAAAAAGUCCUCUCCCCACCCUUCCGCUCCUUGGAUCACGACCAACUCUCCAUCUCUCGUCAAUCGGUCAUCCUCCCCCCUCCCUCUCCCUUUGCAGAGUACGCGAACGAUACAACACCCACAACCUCCACCUCCGCUUCGUCUAUCCGGCCUCCCAGCGGCAGCGGUUCGAACGGAGCCCUAGCCAUGGCUGCUCGCAUGGCCGACGAAGAAAAUGCAAAAAAGGUAGCCGAGAGUGUCAAGAGCAAGGAUCUGGAAAUGUCACACAGAGCACAAAGAGCGGCAGAGAAGACGGGAAGUGUGGAACAUUUGACCGACGUCUUACCUUUGUUUGAUUAG